ACCGAGCCAUCAUGGAGCGGAACUUCAGCUUCCUGUGCAAGGGCACUACGGGCACAAACAUGCCCAACCUGAUGAACGUAAUGAUGGAGCUGAGGAAGUGCUGUAAUCACCCAUUCCUCAUCAAGGGCGCUGAGGAAGCCAUUCAUAACGAAGAGAGAGCUGCCGCUGAAGCAGAUCCAAACUCUACCUACAAUGAAGAGCAAGCAAUGUUCAAUGCCCUCCUGAACGCCUCGGGAAAAUUGGUCCUUAUUCACAAAUUGUUGCCCAAGCUUAAGGCUGGCGGUCACAAGGUGCUAAUUUUCUCCCAGAUGAUUCGCGUUCUGGAUAUUCUCGAGGACUAUAUGGUCCACCAAGGGUUCAGCUUUGAACGCAUCGACGGGCGCAUCCACGGUCUUCUACGUCAGGAGGCGAUUGACAGGUUCUGCAGCGAUCCCGACAAAUUCGUUUUUCUGCUGUGCACCAAGGCUGGCGGCCUCGGCAUCAAUCUUACGGCUGCCGAUGUAGUUAUAAUCUACGAUUCUGACUGGAACCCCCAGAAUGAUCUACAAGCCCAGGCUCGGUGUCAUCGUAUUGGUCAACAGAAAAUGGUCAAAGUCUACCGACUUAUCACGCGCAACACAUACGAGCGCGAGAUGUUUGAUCGGGCAUCGCUCAAGUUGGGCCUUGACAGGGCUGUUCUUCAGUCCAUGGGAAGCAAAGAAGCCCGCCAGGUAGGCUAUCUAGCUGUCGCCGUUUCUUUUUGA